AUGGCUGAAUCUGUCGUAACUGACCCAUCUAAUCCGGUGGUGUUCUUUGACAUAGCCCUUGCAGGUGAGCCUCUGGGCCGAGUGAAGAUGGAACUUUUUGCCCAUGUGACGCCACGGACCGCAGAGAAUUUCCGGCAAUUCUGCACAGGCGAGAGCAAAAAUCCCAAAGGACAGCCCCAGGGCUAUAAGGGGAGUAAAUUUCACCGUGUGAUCAAAGAUUUUAUGAUCCAAGGUGGAGACUUCAUCAACGGGGAUGGGACAGGAUCGUGUACUAUCUAUGGAACUCCCAAGUUUGCGGACGAAAACUUCGCCUUGACCCAUGACCGCGCAGGUCUCUUGAGUAUGGCUAACUCGGGACCAAAUACCAAUGGUUGUCAGUUUUUUGUCACCACGACCGCAACACCUUUCCUUAACAACAAACAUGUGGUGUUUGGGCAAGUCAUCGACGGCAUAGAUGUGAUUCGCAUGAUCGAGCAUACACGAACAACAAGGGACAAGCCAAAUCAAGAUGUGACAAUUGUGCAAUGUGGAGAAAUGUAG